CUCCGCGCGGCGCCGCCCCCCGACCGCCCCGGCAAAGAUGGCGUGGCGAGCGGUGCGGCGGGUCGGGCCCGUGCUGGUGCCGCGCUGCCCGCGCCUCUCGCCGCCGCCACUGCGGGUGCCGGCGGCCCGGAGGCUGGCCACCAGCUCGCUGGUGCUGUCCGCCCGCAAAUUCACAGACAAGCAUGAAUGGAUAUCAGUUGAAAAUGGCAUUGGAACAGUAGGAAUCAGCAAUUUUGCACAGGAAGCAUUAGGGGAUGUUGUUUACUGUAGUCUUCCAGAAGUUGGGACAAAAUUGAGUAAACAUGAUGAGUUUGGAGCUUUGGAAAGUGUGAAAGCUGCUAGUGAACUGUAUUCUCCUCUCUCGGGAGAAGUGACUGAGAUUAAUGCUGCCCUUGCAGAUAAUCCAGGGCUCGUCAAUAAAUCAUGUUAUCAAGAUGGUUGGCUGAUCAAGAUGACUGUGGAAAACCCUGCUGAACUUGAUGAACUGAUGAGUGAAGAAGCCUAUGAGAAAUACAUAAAAUCCAUUGAGGACUGAGCUGGAAUAAUGAAAUAAAUCUAUAUAAAAUA